AUGGUGCUGGACUCAGGGGCUCAGGUGUACGAGCAGACACCCCCCAGCCCACCAGCCAUUCCCUCGUCACUGCGGCCUAGACUGAAGCCCUCAGACAGAGAUGGGCCAUCCCUGUACCCCUGGCCUCAGUCCCUGGCCUUGCCUCUGGCUCUGGCAGUCCCCUCAGCACUACAGCCCCAAUCUAAGCAGCAGCCCUUCUCAAAGCUGCCCUUGGGCCACCGUAGCCACAUGUGUCGAAGUGAGAGCACCCACUCCAUAAAUAGUACUGGCCGGCAGGGACGUGGCACCCAGGGACAGGCCCCAGCAAGGCGGAGCCGGGACUCCAGUUGGGGCGCCCUACGGCCUGCGGCUUCCUUGCCUCACAUUGCUAAGACUCAGAGGAACGCGGGCAAUGGGGCCAGCAAGAGCCCCUGCAUGCUGGUGGCCCUGCGACCAACGAACAUGGACCGCGAGCGGGACAAGUUCUUCCAGUCCCAUUACACCUAUAACCCACAGUUUGAGUAUCAGGAGCCCAUGCCCACGGCUGUGCUGGAGAAAUAUUGUGAGGCCUCUGGACAGUUCAUCCAUCAGGCAGUUGGCAUCAUCGAGGCUGUCCUGGAGAAGUUUGGCACCUAUGAGCACUUUGAGGCUGCCACUGGGGGCCAGCUGCUGACCAAGUGCCAGAUUUGGUCCAUCGUGCGCAAAUACAUGCAGAAGGAGGGCUGCGUUGGGGAGGUCGUGGUGCAGCUGAGUGAGGACCUGCUGUCCCAGGCCGUGAUGAUGGUGGAGAACAGUCGACCCACACUGGCCAUCAACCUGACUGGAGCCCGCCAGUAUUGGCUGGAGGGCAUGCUGCGGCACGAAAUAGGCACCCACUACCUGCGGGGCGUGAACAACGCGCAGCAGCCGUGGCACAGCGCUGAGGGCCGGCUGCGAUACGGGCUGCGGCCGGCCAACCCCACCGAGGAGGGCCUGGCCAGCCUGCACAGCGUGCUGUUCCGCAAGCAGCCGUUCCUGUGGCGCGCGGCGCUGCUCUACUACACCAUCCACCGCGCGGAGCACAUGUCCUUCCGCCAGCUCUUCCAGGACCUGGCGCGCUACGUGCAGGACGCGGACGUGCGCUGGGAGUACUGCGUGCGCGCCAAGCGGGGCCAGACCGACACCUCGAAGCCCGGCUGCUUCAGCAAGGACCAGGUGUACCUGGACGGCAUCGUGCGCAUUCUGCGGCACCGGCGGACCAUCGAUUUCCCGCUGCUGACCUCUCUGGGCAAGGUAUCCUAUGAGGAUGUGGACCAGCUGCGGCCCCAUGGAGUGCUGGACAACACCCGGGUGCCCCACUUCAUGCAGGACUUGGCACGCUACCGGCAGCAGCUGGAACACAUCAUGGCCACCAACCGGCUGGACGAGGCAGAGCUGGGCCGCCUGCUGCCCGAUUGAUGCUGGCUGGGGGCCAGCCACAGGUAGCGGCCCUGGACAGAGGACUGCAGAUCAGCUCCCAGAACAUGAAGCACUCUGCUCUGUGCUUUCACGGCCCGGUGUUUCUUAGGGGCACUGGGGGAGGUGGGAGACAU